AUGUCUCUGACUUAUUCUUCUCUCACAGGAGAUAAACCUCCAUGUCCUCUUUCAGAUCUCAGGUACUCCAGCAGCUGCUACACUGACUGUUCUAAUCAUCAUUACAAAGGGGAGCAAAGCUCUGGAGUUUAUACUAUAGUGCCAUCUACUGGAGGAACUGCAGUAGACGUCUACUGUGAUAUGGACACCGAGGGUGGCGGGUGGACGGUUAUCCAGAGACGUCAAGAUGGAUCGGUCAAUUUUAACAGGACCUGGAAAGAGUAUAAAGAAGGUUUUGGAAACUUGAAGGGAGAGUUCUGGCUGGGAAAUGAGAAGAUCUACUGGAUAACAGGGAAGGGAGAAUUCAGUCUGCGCAUUGACCUGGAGGACUGGAGCGGGCAACACAAGUACGCUGUCUACAGGGAAUUCAGGUACAAAUGUUUCUUGUGUGGCCCAUAA